GUCCACGCUUUACUAUUAACCAACUCUUUUGUUUCAUGGGAUUCACAGGGCUUGCUCGAUGGAUCAAUGCACCAAGCACAGGUCUCGACCUCAUCCGUGAAAAUAUAAUGCGAAACCACCAUGGUCAGCUCCGAGGAAGGUGGUUCUUGAGCGUGAAAUCUUACCGCUCGACACUGGGUUCAAUACCCGGCCUUCCAGUCCACUCAGAGCGCUCCAUGUGCACUCUGACGAUGAAUGAGAAUGUCUUCGUCCUUCUAGAGGAUCCUGCAGCACCUACUCGUGCAGACAUUGUUCAGAACUCCCAGACUACCGAUGGACAGGUUUUCCCAGUCCCACCACAUUACCGAACUACUUUCCUCACACUCCGUCCGCCUGGCGCAUUAGAACAAGUUCUGCAUCAGUUGAGAGCACGCUGGAUCCCCGUCAGGCAAACAGCUCCUGGCACGCAAAGAAGUCAGGGCGGUCAGCAACUCUCUGUGGAAGGUUUUGUUUUUGCUAUUGGCAAUGAUUGGCUUGUCCGUGUUGGUCAUGUAGUCCUUGCUGGUGGCGCCGUCAAAGGUAUGCUUCUUGAGGCCGAGUAUCUCCCAUUACCGGUUCUCCACUCUCAAACUGCAGACGGAACCUCAGAGCUUCUAUCCAACCUUCUCACAUCGGUCCUCCCAAAUAUUCGAGAAGCUAAAACAGUGGCGGUCACCAUCAGCGACUCUCAGUGGGAAGAGGUACUUUGGGAUCGUGAGGAAGAGGAAAGACAGUUGUCACAGGAGAAAGCAGAGUCGGAAGGAGAUCCAGAUAGUAUAUAUGUCUUUGGCGACGAAGGAUUAGCCUCCGAGAAGAAGGGGGAUUGGAUAGGAGUUGAUAGAGACCGUAGAUCGGCUUUCUUGAUUAUCGGCGCAUUAAAAUCAGAGGGCAUUCUGUAGUUUGCACCUACGACUGCCUUCUGAAGAGUAGUUUAUACUACUGGUGAUGGAACCAUGAAGACGUUUUUAGCGUCUAUAGUGAACUCCAGGGAUGGUUCUUCAGUGA